UUUGUGGUAGUAUGAUGCAAUUGAGUACAAAACUUCAGUUUUUGAAUAAAGCUUUUAAGUUGUGGAAUUAAAGAAAUGUCGCACAAAUUUUAAUUUCUAGUCUCAUACUAUACACUGAUUUUAAAAUGUCAAGUGUAGUACAGACUAUGCGCUACCUAUAAGAAAAUUAAUUAGUAAAAGAAUUAAAUUGUUUUUAUUACUUUUUUCUAACACCAGGGCUUUCUAUAUCUGCAUUUCAUUUAAAAAAAAAUGUCUAGUGCCGUGAAAAAAAUUGUUUGUGCCAUGUCAGGUGGUGUUGACAGCUCAGUUGCAGCUUUGUUGCUUAAAAAUAAAGGUUUUCAAGUGCUAGGUGUCUUUAUGAGAAAUUGGGAUAUAGCUGAUGAAAAAGGUCACUGCCAAGCAGACCAUGACAAAGAAGAUGCUGAAUAUGUUUGCAAAAAAAUUGGUAUUCCAUUAUUUGAAGUAAAUUUUGUCAAAGAAUACUGGAAUAAUGUUUUUAGCUACUUAAUUAAUGAAUAUAAAGCUGGGUAUACACCCAAUCCAGAUAUUCAUUGCAAUAAAAACAUAAAAUUUGAUUUGUUUUUCAAACAUGCCUUACAAAAAUUAAAAGCUGAUGCUGUUGCAACAGGACAUUAUGCUCGAAUUGUCUGUUCAUCAGAUUCAUCUCAGAAAAACUUUAGGCUAUUGAAAGGAAUUGAUAAGCAGAAAGAUCAGACCUUUUUCUUGUCCCAAAUUCCAAAGUCUUCUUUAGAAAAGUGCAUUUUUCCUGUUGGAGAGAUGACUAAAGAUACAGUUAAAAAGCUUGCUGCUGAUGCUGGUCUUGAUCGUAUUGUUAAGAAAAAAGAGAGUGUUGGAAUUUGUUUCAUCGGUCGUAGAAAUUUUCAAGAAUUCAUAGAUGAUUAUAUUGAACCUCAACAUGGAAAUUUUAUCAAUGUAGAAAAUAAUCAAAUUGUUGGGCAGCACAAAGGUGUUCAUUGUUGGACUAUAGGUCAGAGGUGUGCUCUUUCUGGACAGCCAUCUGCCUUUUAUGUAGCUGAAAGAAAUGUAGAAACUCAAGAUAUACUUGUUGCUCCUGGGCGAAUGCAUCCAGCUUUAUUUCAUCAAACAGUUGUAACUGAAGCACCUUAUUGGAUAAACAAGCCAUCGGUCAGUUUUGAAAAUGGUGAAAUAUUUCAGUGUGAGUUCCGAUUUCAGCAUCGAGAACCCUUAGUAAAUUGUUUAAUGUAUCAAGACAGUGAAGGAAGGCUCCAAAUCUAUCUUCAAAAGCCACUUAGAGCUCUUACUCCUGGACAGUAUGCUGUAUUUUAUACUGGGGAAGAAUGUUUAGGUAGUGCCAAGAUACUUUUUAGAGGACCAUCCAUGUAUUCAUUAGAAUUACUGAAAAAUAAAAAUAUAUCAUGACAUUAAAA